UGUACAUAAAUAAUACAAAUGUUUAUUAUUACAGUACAUGCUUAGAAAGUCAAAUGUGAUGUUUUUAGUCUUAAACAUAAUGAUUAGUAAUUCAAUUAAAAUAAAGUGUUUUGAGAUGUAAGAAAAGAACUGAUCUGUCAUCUGUGGUCUUGACAGAUCAUAAAAUAAAGUGAUAAAGAAUGAUCUUAAGAACUGUUAAUCACCACGACACUGCUAAUGAGUUAAUGAUGUAAUAGGUUACUUAAUUAGUUAAUUGGUCACAUGACACCUGUAUGCGGGUGAAGGUCAAUGAAGAGUGAGUAUAAAAGCUGCUCAGCUCUGAUAGAAUUCAAACUUUCUCUGUUUUUAUUAUUGGUGCUGUUGAGCUGUAAGGUGAGUUAUCGUAAAUUGGUCUGUUUAUCAUGUCUGGUCGUGGAAAGAAACUCGCCGUCGCUGCAGGAAAGACCAAAACGUCUGUUACGCGUUCAACGCGCGCGGGCCUUCAGUUUCCGGUGGGGCGCAUCGCGCGUCUCCUGCGGAAGGGAAACUUCGCGGCGCGUAUCGGCUCGGGCGCGUCGGUUUAUCUGGCGGCGGUUAUCGAGUAUCUGUGCGCUGAGGUGCUCGAGCUCGCGGGGAACGCGUGCAGAGACAACAAGAAGCUCCGCAUCGCGCCGCGUCACAUUCAGCUGGCGGUGAGAAACGACGAGGAGUUGAACACGCUCCUGGGAGGCGUCACGAUCAGCGAGGGAGGCGUUCUGCCCAACAUACAAGCUCAAUUGCUGCCCAAGAAAACCAAAGCUCCCCGAGACCCCAACAACACCAAAGAUGUCCAGUCUCAAGACUUCUAAAGCGCUUUAAAGCACUCUUUUAAAAGUUCAUUUCUAUUAAUAAAGAGUUUUAUUUUAAUGUCUGUUGUAG